CUAAAGAACCCUUCUAUUCAUGGAGGUGAAUGCUACAGAAGCUUUCCACAUGAACCCUGAAGUGAACGUCUGAUACAUUUCCUGUAGAAAAGAGAAAGGAACCAAAAUGAAGGAAAGUGUGGCAUCCACAGUUGUUUUCAUUUUGCUACUUUUUCUCAACACCAGCCUCCUGAAUGGACAAUUACCUCCUGGAAAACCUGAGAUCUUGAAAUGUCGUUCUCCUGAAAAGGAAACAUUCACCUGCUGGUGGAAACCUGGGGAAGAUGGAGGACUUCCUACUAAUUACACACUGAUGUACCACAAGGAAGGAGAGACAAUCACACACGAAUGUCCAGACUACAUAACCAGUGGCCCCAAUUCCUGUUACUUCAACAAGAAGCACACCUCCAUAUGGACAAUGUACAUCAUCACGAUAAAUGCCACAAACCAGAUGGGAAGCAGUUCCUCGGACCCACGUUAUGUGGACGUGACUUACAUAGUUGAACCAGACCCUCCUGUGAACCUAACUUUGGAAUUAAAACAGCCAGAAGACAAAAAACCAUAUCUGUGGAUGAAAUGGUACCCACCUACCCUGGUUGACGUUAGAUCCGGUUGGCUCACACUCCAGUAUGAAAUUCGGUUAAAACCCAAGAAAGCAACUGAGUGGGAGACUCAUUUUGCUGGGCAGCAGACUCAGUUUAAGAUUCUCAGCUUAUAUCCAGGGCAGAAAUACCUUGUCCAGGUUCGCUGCAAGCCAGACCAUGGAUUCUGGAGUGAGUGGAGCCCAGAGAGCUCCAUCCAGAUACCUAAUGAUGUCACCAUGAAAGAUACCAUCGUGUGGAUCUUUGUGGCCGUUCUUUCUGCUGUUAUCUGUCUGAUUAUGGUUGCAGUUGUGGCUUUGAAAGGCCAUAGCAUGGUGACCUGCAUCCUUCCACCAGUUCCUGGGCCAAAAAUAAAAGGAUUUGAUGCUCAUCUGCUGGAGAAGGGCAAGUCUGAGGAACUGCUGAGCGCCCUGGGGUGCCAAGACUUCCCUCCCACGUCUGACUGUGAGGACUUGCUGGUCGAGUUUUUAGAAGUGGAUGACAGCGAGGACCAGCAGCUGAUGCCAGCCCAUUCAAAAGAACACCCGGGUGAAGACAGGAAGCCCACACCCCUGGAUCCAGACAGUGACUCUGGCCGGGGCAGCUGCGACAGCCCUUCCCUUUUGUCUAAAAAGUGUGAGGAAGCCCGGGCAAAUCCCUCCAUGUGUAACACUCCUGAGGGCAUUGAGAAGCCAGAGAAUCCCCAAACAAAGGUUACCUGCACUCGGGAUGCCCAGAGCACACGCUUGGAAGGCAAGAUCCCCUAUUUCCCUGCCGACGGAUCCAAAUCCUCAACAUGGCCUUUACCACAGCCCCCCAGCCAGCACAGCCCCAGAUCUUCUUACCACAGCAUUGCUGAUGUGUGUAAGCUGGCUGUGGGCACGGCGGGGGCAUCGGCCACUUUGUUGGGCAAAACAGACACACACGCUUUAAGAUCUUCAAAAACCACUGAGACUGAAGGGGAGGAAAAGGCAGCUGAGCGGAGAGAAGUAGAAAGCUUCCAUUCCAAGACUGACCAAGGCACAGCAUGGCUGUUACCCCUGGAGAAAACCCCUUUUAUCUCUGUGAAACCCUUGGAUUACGUGGAGAUUCACAAGGUUAACAAAGAUGGAGCACUGUCAUUGCUCCCAAAACACAAAGAGAACAGCAACCAGACAGAGAAGCCCAGUACUCCUGAAGCCAGUAAAGAGUACGCUAAGGUGUCCAGGGUGAUGGAUAACAACAUCCUGGUGUUAGUGCAGGAUCCGCGAGCUCAGAACCUGGCUGCGUUUGAAGAACCAGCCAAGGAGGCUCUGCCAUCUCUUCAAGAGAAUCCAGCCGAAGAAGACCUGGCCUCCUUCACCUCGUCCCCAAGCAGCUGCGGACUCCAGCUGGGUGGGUUGGAUUACCUGGAUCCCACGUGUUUUAUGCACUCCUUUCAGUGA